AUGGACACCUCCAAGGUUGUGGAGAUGCUGGAAAAAGUCAAGGAGGCGGUCACGGUGCAAGGAUCGAUGGGAAACUGUCGCACAGCGGACGACGUCCGGAAGGCGGGAGUCGCUCAACUGCGGGCUGAGCCACUACUCUGGGCAGCUUACUGUCGGGGUUUAGAUUAUAAUAUAGUUCAAUUAUUUUAUAUAUUUAAAAACGUCAAGAUGGAUAAGUGGUUAAUAAAAAAAUCAGUUCAAUCUAAUGAGGGCAAUGAGGCUAUAAACAGUUCUACUUCUAACUUAAAAGUUGAAUCUAAUAGUGGAGAUUCGAAACCUGUUGAAAAUGGAAAAUCAAGGAGUUAUCAGGAAAAAUGGCAACAAUUAUAUCCAUGGUUGUUAUAUGAUCCCGUGAAAGAAAAAGUGUUCUGUUCGAUUUGUAAGACUGCUGAUGAAAACCAAAUUAAUCUUCCUGUAUUUUCUGUGACUGAUCAAAAUUCUAAAAAGGCAUUUGUAGUUGAUGGGUUUUCUGCGUGGAAUAAAGCACUACAAAGGUUCAAAUCUCACAAAGCUGGUAGUUUUCAUCGAGCUUCGAUUUCAUCUAUUGGAGCGCAAAGAAAAGGAACUAACAUAUGUACUUCUUUAAGUGUUUCCAUAACUAAAGAAAUGAUUGAAGGUAGAUCUGCUCUUCUAAAAAUUAUUUCAUCUCUUCUUUAUUUAUCUAGACAAGGUUUAGCGAUUCGUGGCCACGUUGAUAUAAACUCAAACAUUCAACAAUUACUUAUCUUACGUGCAGAAGAUGUUCCCGAAUUAAAAAGUUGGCUUUUAAGAACCAAGUAUAAAUGGUUAUCUCAUGAUAUUCAAAAUGAAAUAUUAUCUCUUUUAUCUAAAGAAGUACAGUUAAAUCUUAUUUCUGAAAUAAAAGAUUCUUUUUGUUAUUCAAUAAUAUUGGAUGAAACACGAGACAUUUCCAAUAGAGAACAAGUUUCUGUGUGCUUUCGCAUCGUAGACAAGAAUUUAAAUAUAUCAGAACAUUUCUUAGGAUUUUUUGAAACUCCUUUUACUGACGCACAGACAUUAUUUAAUUUAGUAAUUAAUGUUUUAUCACAAUUUGUCAUUGAUAUUUCUAAAUGUCGCGGACAAUGCUAUGACGGGGCAGCCAAUGUCAGUGGACAUAUCAGUGGUUUACAAGCAAGAAUAAUCGACGUUGAACCUAGAGCAAUUUUUGUUCAUUGUACUGCCCACACCUUAAACCUCGUUGUUCAAGAUACAAUGCAGAAUAUAACGAAGAUUCGAGAUUUUUUAGCCAUUUUACGUUCAAUGAUAUCAUUUGUUAAAGAUUCACCUAAACGUCAGGCAAUAUUUAAUUCUUUACAAGCUGAACAAAGUAUAAUCGGUUCUUCAAAUAAUGUUUCAUUAAGGCCUUUUUGUCCUACAAGAUGGUGUGUUAGAAUUGUUUCAUUAAAAUCGAUUGAUUCAAAUUAUAAUUUACUUCGUAAAUUUCUUGAUGAGCUGACUACCGAAAAAAAUGAAAUAGGUGCUAAGGCUAGUGGGUUUUCGAAACUACUUUAUAAAUUUGAUUUUUAUUUCGUUUUGCAAAUUAUGAUAUUCAUUUUUGAGAGAAUAGAAGUUUUGAAUUCGGAACUACAAAAAAAAUCUUUGCAUUUCCAAGAUGCAAGGUUAAAAAUUGAGGCAAUAAUAAUUUCUAUAGAAGAAAAACGAAAAUCAGGUUUUGACCAAUUAUUGGAAGAUAUUAUCUAUAAAUCUGAAGAGCUAGGUUUAGGUGAAGUUAAGCUACCUAAACAAAGAAAAACUCCAAAACGUCUGAUCGAAGGGGGUCAAGAACAUUACUUUUCGUCGGCUAAAGAUCAGUAUAAAGCGCUAUUUUUUGAAUGCAUGGAUAUGACGCUAUCUGCUCUGCACAACCGAUUUAAAAGUAAUGUAAUUAAACAUCUCGCAAAAGUAGAAAACUUUAUUGUAGAUCCUAAAAAAAUAAAUACAGCUAUUAUAACUGAAUACUAUGGCUCCGAUUUCGAUGGGAGAAAAUUAGAAUUACAUCGAAAUAUAAUGUUAGAUAUUGCUAAGGCAAAACAUUUUAAAAUAUCAUCAGUGUCAGAUGCGAUUAAUUGUUUUAAACAAGAGUCUUAUUUGCAAGAUUUAGUUCCAGAAGUGGUUAAAUUAAUUAAAAUCAUGUUAACCGUACCAGUUUCAUCAUGUACAGCUGAGCGUUCUUUUUCUGCACUUCGGCGUUUAAAAACAUUUUUAAGAUCGACCAUGACGUAA